GACACUAAAGCAAUUUUUAAACAUUCACAUUUCUUAACAAGUUACAAUGACUCAAAAGCUAACCAACUCAUCCUUGUGUAAAUGGGCAUUUACUGUCAGAUACCAGAAAAUGAGAUGUGACCAUUUCCAUUUUAUUAUAACAACACCAACUUCUCUUAAUGGCUUUUACAUCAUACAAUGUUACUUUUACUGUCUGAAAUACUUUGAUACUGAGAUGGGAACAGCUGUAGUGCAUUAUCAGAGCAGAUGAUAGGCUGAAAUAAUCUCAUAUGAGAAAAGAGAAACAUAAGCUGAACAGAAUGAGAAAACCCUCUCUGACUGCCAAACUCCUACUGCCAGGGCAGCUGUUUGUGGUUUAAACCUGCUGGUGUGCAACAACCUGCAACCUGGACGCCAAUCUGACUUAGAUUUGAGGUUCCCUGUAAAACAGAAAGAAUCAUUUUGUUAAUCAGGUUAAGUUUUAGCAUAAUUUAAGCAUGAUCACUACAUUUGAUAAAAAGCUCAAUGGUGCUAAUGUCUCAAAAUGGAUAUGUGUGUGCAUGCAUGCGUGUAAUUAAUUUUAUCAUAAUUAAACACAGUUGAAUGGUUAGGCUUGAUCAGUGCAGUAAAACUAUAGUUUAUGGAAUGUUCUAUUUUUUCAUUUUUUUUUUUUUUACUUGUGCUAUAACAAAGUUGUACAUAAAUUGUGGGACACAUCUAAAUAUUACAUAACCAAAUGUAAGUUGAUAUGUAAAGUUAUAAUGCACAAUUAUCUGGUUGUUAAUGCAAAACAAACCCAGACAAGAUGAUCAAGUCCCCGAUGCAGCUACUUACCAAACUAACAAAUAAAUAAUUAUAUAUUGAUAUAAUUGUUGAUAUUGAUUUUUGAGUUGAAUUUUUAUUUUUUUUAUUUGCUAAAUUGAUAUGACACACAUGAAACUAGCAAGGGUAUUAAGGAAAUCAAUUAGUAAAUUAUAAAGUGUAUUGAUCAAUAACAAAAAAUAUUUAGACUACAGAAUGCCACCAUUGACCAAUCAGAAUAAAGUAGACCUAUUCCAGAGAGCAUUUCCUUAUUAAAUGAUUUUAAUAUUUACAUAUGUAUUAUCAGUUCAACAGAUUAUGACAUUUUUUUAAUGAUUUUGAUGGUUAGACAGUGGAGAAGGACAAGGCUACUGAGUCAGCACAGGCCAAAAUCAUUUUAGACAUUUGAUGUAUAGCCUAGACUUGUCAUGUACAUUUUAUGUUUAGCCUAUAAUUGUUUAUUUAACGUUUUCAAUGUUAAAAGAACAUAGACAGAACAAACCUUGAACUGUGAACAAACUGUGCCUGUUAUUAUUAAGUGUACUUAGCUGAUGCGAUGUGAAGGUCGGGCGCUAGGACCUGCACUGAACCCGACAGAGCUCCGCUCCAUCACAGCAGCACCAGUCUGGAGAGACUGUUCACUGCGCAGCGCUUCAUCCUCCUCCUCACCGGAGCGCUCAUCACCGACAAGCGAUCACACACGGAGCGGGUCGCGCAGCGCUCACAGCCGCACAUGAUGCGCAGGAUUCGGGCCAACGCCAUCCUCAUCCUCACCGUGGCCUGGAUCCUGGGCACCUUCUAUUACCUGUGGCAGGACAGCAAAACAUCCUCUCCUUCAUCGGGCGCUCAGCAGAAGAUCCACGGGCAGAGGUCCGUCUCCGGGCGACUGGAGGAGCGAACCCUUCCUCUCAUCGUGACUCAUGCACCGAAGUCCGAGCAUCAGGCUCAGCUCAUGGGUUUGUUUGAUGAGAAAGCAUUCCUAUCCGGUAAACAGCUGAAAGCUGGCGAGGAUCCUUACAGAGAACAUGCCUUCAACCUGCAGGAGAGCGACAGACUGGGGAGUGAACGUGCCAUCAGAGACACACGACACUAUAGAUGUGCCUCCAUGACCUUUGACCCUGACCUGCCGCCCACCAGCAUUAUUAUCACUUUUCAUAAUGAGGCUCGGUCCACCCUGCUGCGCUCUGUUAAAAGUGUACUAACGAGAAGCCCACCUAACUUGAUUCAAGAGAUUAUUCUCGUGGAUGACUUUAGCUCCGACCCUGAAGACUGUCAACUGCUCUCUCAGAUCCCCAAAGUACGCUGCCUGAGAAAUGAAAGACGGGAAGGUCUGAUCAGGUCUCGUGUGAGAGGAGCAUCUGCAGCGUCUGCCUCCAUCCUCACAUUCCUGGACAGUCAUUGUGAAGUAAAUUCAGACUGGCUGCAGCCCAUGAUCCAGAGAGUCAAAGAGGAUCACACUCGAGUCGUCAGUCCAAUCAUUGAUGUUAUCAGUCUGGAUAACUUUGCCUAUCUGGCAGCAUCUGCAGACCUGAGAGGAGGUUUUGACUGGAGUUUACACUUCAAAUGGGAGCAGAUUCCCAUAGAACAGAAAAUGGCAAGAAAUGACCCUACACAACCAAUCAGGACUCCAGUAAUUGCAGGUGGAAUCUUUGUAAUAGAUAAAGGCUGGUUUAAUCACCUGGGCCAGUAUGACACUCACAUGGAUAUAUGGGGUGGAGAGAACUUUGAGCUGUCGUUCAGAGUGUGGAUGUGUGGUGGCAGUCUUGAGAUCCUGCCGUGCAGUCGUGUGGGCCACGUCUUCAGGAAACGCCACCCCUAUGACUUCCCAGAGGGCAAUGCUCUCACCUACAUCAAGAACACACGGCGAGCUGCUGAAGUAUGGAUGGAUGAGUAUAAACAGUAUUAUUAUGCUGCAAGACCGUCAGCACAGGGCAAGGCCUUUGGGAGUAUUGCAGAUCGUCUUGCACUGAGACGGAAGUUGAACUGUAACUCUUUCCGCUGGUAUCUUGAGAAUGUGUACCCUGAACUCAAAAUUCCCGAGCAGGAAGCAGCGCACAGUCUACUGAAACAGGGUGGACUGUGUCUGGAGAGCCAUGGCACAGACAGUCUGGGUUUGGCUGAGUGUAAGACAGUGCCAAACAUACCUGCCUCACAGAAGUGGACCCUGAUUGAACCACAGAUCCACCAGCAUGACCUGUGUUUGGCCAUCACAGCCUUUACUGCGGGGUCAAAGGUCAGGCUCGAGCCCUGCAACUCCAAAGAGUCCAGACAGAAAUGGAAACCCAGAGGUCCAGCAUUGCAACACAUGAUCAGUGGUUUGUGUCUGGAUAGCCAGCCCCCUUCAGGUCCACCUGUGAUCGCACAGUGCCGCCCCCAGAUGGCCAGCCAAUUCUGGGAGCCACAGCUGGUCACCUGACUUGGAGAGCACAUGGGGAAGGAGGGGAAAGGGGCAGAGUUUAGUUGCAGAGCUUGAGGUGCUGUAGGACCCAGAGGAACAUGUUUGCACACUGGUUUAGU